UUCCAAAACUCUUUUUGUUUUUUUCCACCCCUCUUCUCCCUGCUCUUGUACUUAUAUCCUCACCACUUGGCCCACUCACUCCCCCUUACAUUACAAAUUAAACCACCUUUUUGCCCACCCUUUAUUCCCCUCUUCACACACUUUCAAAACCCUCCAUCCAUCACUCUCUAUAAAUACAACCAAUCUCACCUUCAUUAAAUUACAAGUCCUUUCCCAUAUCACUCCUAUCUUCUUAAGCCAAUAACAUUUUAACUUACUAUUUUAUUUCUUUGACACAAACAAACAAUGAAGGAGUAUUGGACCUCUUUAGCUUCACUUCUAGGUGUGUUUGCUUUCUCCCAAACCCUCUUGCAAGCUCUAUUCCCGCCGGAGCUCCGUUUUGCUUCGGCGAAGCUCUUUCACCGGAUCUUCCACUGCUUCUCCUCCUACUGCUACUUCGAUAUCACGGAGAUCGACGGCGUCAACACCAACGAGCUCUACAACGCGGUGCAGCUCUACCUAAGCUCCUCCGUUUCCAUCACCGGCAGCCGCCUCAGCCUAACACGCGCCGUCAACUCCAGCGGCUUCACCUUCGGCCUGGCCAACAAUGACAGCAUCGUCGACACUUUCAACGGCGUCAACGUGCUCUGGGAGCACGUCGUCACCCAGAGGCAAGCUCAGACUUUCUCAUGGCGCCCAAUGCCCGACGAGAAGCGAGGCUUCACGCUCCGGAUCAAGAAACGUGACAAACCCUUCAUCCUGAACUCCUACCUGGACUACAUCAUGGAGAGAGCCAGUGACAUUCGUCGGAAGAAUCAGGAUCGUCUUCUGUAUACAAAUUCCAGAGGUGGGUCGUUGGAUUCCAGAGGUCACCCUUGGGAAUCUGUUCCGUUCAAGCAUCCUAGCACGUUUGACACAUUGGCUAUGGAUCCUGAGAAGAAGGUGGAGAUCAUGGAGGAUCUUCAGGAUUUUGCUAAUGGUCAAUCGUUUUAUCACAAAACUGGUAGAGCUUGGAAGAGGGGUUACCUUCUGUACGGUCCUCCUGGAACUGGAAAAUCAAGCAUGAUUGCAGCUAUGGCGAACUACCUUGGUUACGAUAUCUAUGAUUUGGAGUUAACAGAGGUGCAUAACAACUCUGAACUCAGGAAGCUUCUGAUGAAAACUAGCUCCAAAUCGAUUAUUGUUAUCGAGGACAUUGAUUGUUCUAUCAAUCUUGCUAACAGGAAGAAGAACAACGGUUCUGCUACUGCGGUUUCUUCCAGAGGCUUCUAUGAUUCCGGUGCCGGAGAAAUGCGAGGUGGCGCGUGCGGUGGUGGUUCUGCGUGCGGGGAAGAGAGUGGGAAUUCAAUCACGCUUUCCGGGUUGUUGAAUUUCACUGAUGGGUUGUGGUCAUGUUGCGGGAGUGAGAGGAUUUUCGUGUUUACAACCAACCACAUUGAGAAGCUUGACCCUGCUCUGUUGCGGUGUGGGAGAAUGGACAUGCAUAUUUUCAUGAGUUUCUGUUCUUUCCCUGCUUUGAAGAUUCUGCUGAAAAACUAUCUGGGUUGUGGAGAGGGUGAUUUGGAUGAAACGAUUCUGAAGGAAUUGGAGGAGGUUGUUGAAAUGGCGAGGAUGACUCCAGCUGAUAUCAGUGAGUGUUUGAUCAAGAAUAGGAGGAAGAAGGAGAAGGCUGUGAAUGAGUUGCUGGAGAUAUUGAAGAUCAGAGCAGAGAGGAAUUCAAAAAAUGGGGUUCUGAGGGGGAAGAUUGGGGAAGGUGGUGAAGAAGUAGAAGAGGAGGAGCAAGAGAAAAGGGCUUUGGAUAGUGAUAGUCCUCAACAAGAGUCUGAGAUUGAAGACAAUUGCAAGGAGGAAGAGAAGACCAAGUGAUAUGAUAUUGAUACUACACUGUAUCAUGUUGAAAAAGACUUGUGUUCUCAAUUCUCAUGAUCAUGUCAUGUUCAACCUCUGUUUCAUUUUCCACUGUCACAGUGAGUGAGUUACAGCUGUUACUGAAGAACAGAAAUGGUAACAUCAAAGGGGAAAAAUUGGGGGAGCUCAUUGGAUAUGACUUGUUGGAUAGAAGGGGGAAACAGGGGAAGAAGCUGUAGGCUUCUAAUUUAAACAUGUCACAUACUUGUGUCUUUUUAGUUUUGAAUAAUGGAGUCUUUUUUAUUAUUAGAUAUGUAGGGUAAGUUUAAUUGCAACUAGUUUGGUUUUUUCAUCA